CUUUUCCAAGCGCGCCGUCGACUUGGCCGUCCGACACGGCCAUCUGCCCAUGCUUCGCUGGCUGCAGACCCAUCGCAAGGGCGAGAUUUCGUUCAUGACGUGGGACUUUGCGGCCAAAGGCGGGUUCACCGACAUCGUGCGCUUCCUCGUCGCCCAUCACUCGCCGCAUGGCUCGACGAACGCACUCGACUGGGCAGCGGCGUAUGGACACCUCGAGACGGCGCGGUAUCUUCUCUGCGAGGCCAAGCUGGGACAUGGGACGACGUAUGGGAUGAACCAAGCGGCCAAAGAAGGGCACUUGGCGAUGGUGCAACUGCUCCACGCGCACAGCAACGCUGGGUGCACGUACCAUGCGAUGGACGAAGCGGCCAAGCACGGCCAUUUGGAGGUUGUCUGCUUCUUGCACGAGCAUCGCACCGAAGGCUGCUCGGUCGCCGCCAUGGACCACGCGGCGACCAACGGUCAUUAUGAGAUCGUGGUCUUCCUGCACACCCACCGGUCGGAAGGGUGCUCGGCCAAGGCGCUGAUUGGCGCGGCAACCAACGGCCACUUGGCCAUUGUACAGUAUCUCGAAGCGAUGACGGCGUGGCCGUAUGACAUUGCGCUCCUCGAUGGCGCGUCGACGAACGGACACCUCGCUAUGGUCGAGUAUCUGCACGCACGGGGGCUUCCCGCGUCGACACGGGCGAUGAAUGGCGCCGCCAAACAUGGCUAUUUGAACGUUGUGCGCUGGCUCCAUGUGCAUCGGGACGAAGGCUGCUCGACGGACGCCAUGGACCUGGCCGCGACACACGGACAUCUCUCCGUGGUCGACUUUCUCCACGCCUACCGUUGCGAAGGCUGCACCGUCCACGCCAUGAACGGCGCCGCGAGCAACGGGCAUUUGGCGAUAGUUCAGUGGUUGCAUGCGCAUCGGCUCGAAGGCGCCACCGAGCGCGCCAUCGACGGCGCCGCCGCCAACGGCCAUUUGGACGUUGUUCAAUGGCUGCACACCCACCGGAACGAAGGCUGCACGACGUGGGCCAUGGACUGGGCCGCGUCCAAAGGGCGGCUUGAUAUUGUGCGCUUCUUGCACGCACAUCGCAGCGAAGGGUGCACGCAAAACGCCCUCGAGUGGGCCCAGCAGCACCACCAUGACGACAUGGCAGCAUGGGGCACCACCCCGCGCGCAACGAGCCACAAGCGCAACCGAUUCUCGUCUCUCGUGCGGAUUCCAGACAAGGACAAGCACAGCGCAGAAAGCCCAGACCAUAUUGUGGGCGGUUGGCGCGUGUCGUACAUUCCAUCGCAGGUCUCGCAGUGGAAGGAGACGCGCAAGUCGUUUGGGUCCUACAACCCGAUCGAAAAGGAGGUCGUAUGCGCGUUUUGCGAGUCGAAAAAGAACAAGCCGACGCCGUUGUCGAGCGACAACAACAACAAUGAGGACGACGACGAUGACGACUACUAG